AUGUUAUCGCCGAGCAUCAUGAUCGCAGCUUGUUGCUUGUCAACCCCAACACUGGCCUCUACAUGGUCAUCAUCUAUUGCGGCGCUGCCAAACAAUCUCGCCGAGACCCCAGCUGCAGUCACAGACUAUGCAUCCCAAUGGGCGAAAUCUUUGGCAAGCACCAUCGAAACCAUCUACCGCCCAGAAACCUGCAAUAUGAUGAGCGGCAUCUCCAAGGAUAUGAAAUGGCCCUGGCGGUCUGCCGACUCAGACUGCGGCAUCGAAGCACAACGCGAUGCGAUGUCCGGCGCCGUCAAGCAUUACAUGGCCAGCGAGGACAACAGGGACCACUGUCAAGAAGACUGCAAUACGAAAUGUAUACGUCUAGAAGCUGGUAGUUCUCGGGAUGGAUCGUUGAAGCUGGCUCCGGUCGAUGGACUUGAUGAGGAGGCAUACUGCCGUUCGACCUUGAUCUUCGAUUCGUAA